GUUCAUAACACAUGAGGAUGUCAGUAUGACCAGCAGCGCCUUGGCUUCAUCACAGGAGUGAAGAACAGCACUGAUUUCUCACAUGUUAGUAUUCUCCAUGUGUCCAAACAUCUCUAUCUUUUUGGCUCUGACUGUACUGUGGACAUCAGCCCUCACAGGAUGUCCUCAACAUGGCAUGUUUGCUCCAGAAUCUUUUGCUCUGGAGUCUUUGGAGUGCCGUAAUGACUACCGCUCUCAUAUCCGCUGCAGCUGGAGAACUGAUCCUCAUGUUCAGCUCUCUCUGUUCCACAUGGAUCCAGAUGACCACCAAGUAUCGCCCUGUGUUCAGACUCCUAACCCUUCCCAGAAUCCUGCUGGGCAGGAGAGAGUGUAUUGUCAGUAUAACACAUCUCUAUUUGCCAUCGGCUUUGAUGACGUGUUUUUCUUCCACACGCCACACUUGUCCGGCAUUUCCAAAACCUUCAGACUCACGAAAUUCGAAGAUAUGGCUCCAGACUGGAAUUUUUACCAGCUAGACGACACACAACCUCCCUCACCUUUGACCUCUGACCCCUUCAGACAUCAUGACCAAGAGCGCUCAGUCAAAAUUUACCAUGAAAUAAUCAAGGACAAAAAAGGCGGGAAAAUUCACACCAAACCAACACAGAAUCACAUGGCAGACAGCGGGAACAACACAGAGGUGUUGUCUGACAGGCCAGAACUGAUAUCUGAUUAUUCUCUCCCUGGUCCAUCUAACCUAAACUGCGUGCUCAACGACGGGAAUAAUUUGAGCUGUAGCUGGGAUCUCAAGACAGAUUUGGCCCAGUACAUCAGAUACAUGCUGUCCUACCGGACACACUCCACUGCACCGGAUGAGUGGUGCUGUGUUGAGAAGGUGAAGGUUAUAAAUGAAGGAGAUUUGUUGAGGAUGGUUGGUGCCUUCAGCGUUUUUGAGCCUGGAGUGCUGCAGGUGCAACUCACAUCGACGGCGGUGACCAAAGUGAUCCGCUCUUAUGAACACAUCCAGCCUGCAUGUCCCUCUGGUCUAAGUGUUGAAAUGAGAGGAGAAGACUGGAUUUUGAACUGGACUUUAACAAAGUACCGUACUGUGCUUCUCACUACUGAACUCAAGUACUGGAGCCUACUAACUCCAGAGGAUGUUAAGAGCAUCUUUCUCUCUGAUGGAGAGAUGGUGUUUGAUUUAUCAGAGCGUUCUCUCAAGGGUUCCUCAGAGUACCGUGCUCAGGUUCGCUGUAAUGUGAGCACAUCCAGACGUUUAGGAUGGCGUUACACUGGAUAUCCCUCAGAGUGGACCGACCCAGUCUCCUGGACCACACGGCCUGAACCUCUUGCGCCCCAUGUGGUUACAUUUCUCCUGUACUUCCUCAUUGCGACUCUUGCGUCGGCAGUCUCCAUCAUAGCUUUCAUCAUUCUUGUUGUCGUUCAGCGAAGACUGAGAGAAUGGGAUGUGUCUCUUCCCUCUCCUGUCCACAGCAAAGUCUCAGAGGUGUCACAGUAUCCUCAGAUGGACCACUUCCCUUGCUGUACUGAACUGAAGGAUCCGGAUAUCAGCAACGCUCAGAUUGUAGAUGUUUAUCCGCAGUUGUCUUCAUUCGAUUCAGAAAACUCCUUAACCCCUGAUGCCAACAACCACUGCCAAGAAACCGAGGACAGUCAAGUGAUUUUGCACGUUGCCGAUCCAUGCUUUGUGUCCUUGUGUUCCUCUGGAAUUGUGAUAGGAAUAGAUAGUCCAUUCCAGCCUUGUACCUCCAACUUCCAUGACCCAGUUCUCCCAUGUUCAGAGGGAUACAUGCGGAAUCCUGGCACUACCCAGAAUACUUCUCAAGAGGCUCGCUGUCUGAAUGUAGAAAUGGGUGACAGGUACAUGAAUUGCCCUGGGCCUGAUUUGGUCUCACCUAAACGAAGGACAAAUCCUCAUUCGCUUCAUAGACAACGGGAUUUAAACACAGAUGUUUUUCAUUUACCUGCUCUAGGAAAAAUCUGAGCUGUGUAUAUAUUUAUAUAUUCAGCAUACAUUCAACUCAUCUGAAAGAAUACAAACAUUUACAAAGAUAUCGAAUAACAAAGGAAAUCACAUAAACUCAUGCCUGCUGUUUCCGCAGUGAACACCAGAGGGUAGUAUAGUACUACCUUAUCUACUGUAGUUUGAGACUCUCUGGAUGAUGCCAUGAGCAUCCAAUCCUGUUCAUGGUAAGCCACUGUCCUGCAGAGUUCAGCUCCGACCCCAAUUAAACACAUUUCAACCAGAUAUUCAGGGUUUCUAGAAACCUCCAGGCAAGUGCAUUGUAGCUAAAAUCACUGGCUUUCAAGGAGCAGGAUUGGACACCAGUGGAUGAUACUUUGCUUCAAAAGCUUUCAUGGACAUUAUUGUUUCACUCAUUGAAAUGUAGUUGUCUGCUAAAUAUGUUUCUUUAAUCUUGCAUAUGGUGUCUUAUAACUACUAAUAAUUUCCUGCAAUACCUGUAUAACAGAAAACACAAUUUGAUAUCUCAAUUAUUUC